AUGGCGAGUCUCCCUGCCCCGCUGUCGCCAAAUUCUGGGUCUUCUCCGCCCUCGCCUUCAACUGCGUCGUUGCCUUUCGGCAUUCAACUCCCCCUGUUCGACUCGGCUGUGUCGCGGCCUGUGUCUGGCGGCGAUGCACAUCGACACACAUCGACUGCGCGCAUCUUCCCAGUUCUCUCGAGUCUCGCGGGCGCCGCGCGGAAUGCAGCGCUCUCUCCUGCGCACAGUGAGCAGAGAGCAGCAGUCUCCCUCGGCGCCCAGGAGGCUGAUGGAGACAAAUGGAAACAAACGCUCUUCGAGGGAAACGGCGGGAGCCCUGCGGAACCUAGAAAAGGCUUCCUGCCCGACGCCCACUUGCUCCUUGCUCCGACAGCCAGUACCUCUUUCGUCCCUCCUCUCGUGAGCUUCCAAGAGAAAGAAGCUCCACAGACGCGCGCCGCCGAGGACUUGGCACAUCUUCAGGCGCAAGCCAGCAUCGCCGCAAACCUCGAAAACUGGCAAGAUGUGAUCCGAGUUAUGAAGAAAUUGGCUCAGGUGCAUCCGAACCUGGACUCGACGCAGCGCUCUCUGGUGGUUGACGCAUACACGAACCUGGCGAAUGAGGCCUGUGCCGCGCGCAAGACGCUGGAUGGGUGCUCUUCAGCUCUGGCGGCCUUGAGCGCCGAGCCUGCAUGCAGUCCCGAAGAGCAGGGCGCCGAGAAAAGUGCCGUUGCUGAGAGCGAAGAACAAAGCCUUUCUCGGGAUGGCGAGGAGAAGCAGACACGCGAGGAGGCAGCGCUCUCGACGUUGAAGACGCUGGGGCUUGGGCUCGUCUCCGCCACUCAACUGCACGAAUUCACAGCGUUCUUCGAGUUCUGCGUUAAUCUCUACAAACAAAGAGUCACCGACGAUCUCUUUGCCCUCAAUGAAGACGUGGAUCGCUUUGUCCUCGGCGUCUUGCUGCCUCAGGCAGAGAACCAUGAAGCCACUGCAGCCUAUCAGCAACUUCGAGGCGACGUCAGCCGACACACGGCGGCGCUGACGAAGAAUGCAGAGAUCCGUCGACGAAUGGAAGAGCGAGCACUUCGAGCCUACGAAUCUGCUCUUCAGUCCACAGAGCAAGACGACGAACUGAAGGUGACGCCCUUGCAUCUCGGGAUUGUGUUGAACUACGGAGUUCUGCUGAAGAGCAUAAACCAAGGCCAGCAAACCAACCGAGCCAUCGAACUGAUCGCUGCGGCGUUCAGAUACUCCGUCGAAAAUAUGUACCACGUUCGAAACGAAGAAGAAUACCAACGCGUCUUGGUCAUCCUCAGUCUCUUGCGCGACAACAUCGAAAAGUGGUGUGCCGAGACAGGCCGGACGGACGUUCAAGCUCUGCUUGGAAUGGACUACCGCUCUCUUUCCUCUGGACAAUCUCUCGACGCAGGGAGCACCGCUUCUUUCGCCUAA